AUGGCUCCACAGCAGCAGAGACUCUCCCGUCUCACGGGCGUGCGCCGGAGACAGAACACAAAGCGCGUACCCCCUCAACAGCUGAGGAAGCCGGCGGUGGAGAAGAUGCGUAGAGAUCGCAUCAACAGCUGCAUCGAGCAGCUCAAGGUGCUCCUGGAGGCGGACUUCCACAGGCGGGACCCCGACAACAAGCUGGAGAAGGCCGACGUCCUGGAGAUGACGGUGGGCUUCCUGCGGCGGCAUCUGACGCCGAGGGUCGAGCACACGGCGGCCCACGGCGACGGCUGCCCCCGCUGCUGGGAGGAGACGAUGAGCCUCCUCUCCGCCGGCCCACCGGAGGGAGUGACGUCACCGCCGCCGCGCUUCUCCACGCAGGGUUGCGCGCGGGCCGCAGCGAAGCCGCCGCCGCCGCCGCCCGGUGCCGGCGGGCCGGUGUGGAGGCCCUGGUAGGACGCCGCGCAUCGCGAAGGAAGAGACUUGAGCAGAGACGGUGUCUCCGUGGGGACGACGUCUUCGUUUUGACGGUUGCCAGGCCAACAAGCGGCUCGCUCGGAUAAACGCUGCGUGAGGUCGUCAUGGUGACAGCGCUCGACACCGCGCGUUGCCGUGGUUACCUGGAGUGACUGCACGUGAAAACAAACGUUUUUCCUGUGGAAAAGUAAACUUCUUUUUGUGAGGAGGAGUUUAAAAAUAAACAUUUUAAUGUUAUUGAAAAAUAGAUCUUAAUGUUUUUUCUGUUUACUUUCGUUCUGUGGACGUUGUUAAAUAGACCGUCAAACUGACCACGCGGGAUUCCCUCUUUCCCGCACGAGAUAAAGACCAUUAUUUGGUGGGUGUGUCCGUGUUUUAGGGGGGCGGAGACACCUGGUUCCAUAAAUACUUGAUAUUGUACGAGAAUGUUUUUCUGUUUGAAUGUAAAAACAACUUUAUAUUAUUCUGGGUUUCAUCUCAUCAAAGAACUUUCAGCUCUUAGAUGCAUUUAGUUACGUCAGAAGAAUGAAUUUAUACUUGUACUUCAUUUGAGAUGUUUCAUUACAACAAGUUAUAGACUACGUUAGA